AUGAAUGAUAAGCUUCUAUUGAAAAAACACUUUGUUCCGGCUUCACAAGUUGACGAAUGUCAUCAUGAAAAUUCGCGGGAACAGGAGAAGCCGGUGUCUUCUGUUAACGGGGAAGAAAUUCGUGAUUUCUACUUAAGCCUUUUCGAUAAAAAGGAAAUUGUACCCUCCUGUGACCAACCCCCUCAUCAUCAGUCCUCUAUUACUUGCUCCGAACAAUGUGAUCCUUGCUCAAAAGCACAUUUUUCUUCCCUUCUCCACCAAGCAUCUAUAUUAGCACAAGAACCACCAAGACUCUCUCCCCUUCUCAUUCCCUCUUCUAAUCCGGGCUACAAAAUUCUCUCCCGUCUAGGAUGGUCUGACCCUGCUGAUUCUAGAACUUCUUUGGACUCCCCUGAUAGUUCCACUAACUACGUGGGUGGACUUGGACGUCAAGGUCAAGGUCGCCGUCUCCCGAUCCCCACUGUCCUCAAAUGCGAUCGAUCCGGCAUCGGUGCGAAGACCAAAAGCCAUCCCAGGAUCACUCACUUUUCUCCUCACGAUACUCGUGCAGUUGAGAGUCGACAUGCAUCUAGGUGUCUCGUUCAAUCGUUGAAGUUGGACAAAAGAUAUCGAGAGAAAAUAAUUAAAGUUGAAAAGCGAAAGGAGAUUCGAUUUAGGAUGGAAUUUAGAUUUGAUGACGAUCAGUUGAGUCUUUUAUAUGGAGAGCAUGGCUGUCAUUUGUAG